AUGUUCCGAAACCUUCUAAUUGCUUCUUUUCUCAUGGGCACAGUAUGUGCUAUUCACCUGGAAUACCUGAGCAUUGACUCUGCUGAGGAAGUUCUUGAUGAGAGUUUGGGUACUGUUGAUGAGGCAGAGGAUCUGCCGAUGCCUAGUGCACAGCUUCCUGGUGUGUGCUGGGCAUGCAAGUGGGCCAUGAAUAAAUUGAAAAAUCGAAUUAGCAAAGGUGCAAGUGUGGAUGAAAUAAAAAGCCAGUUGCUUGAGGUCUGCAAUCAAAUCGGCUUUCUGAAGGGUAUUUGUAGGAAAAUUAUUCAUAAAUACUUGGAUGUUUUGAUUGAGGAACUUUCUACUUCUGACGAUCCAAAAAACAUCUGUAUUAAUGUUGGUAUUUGCAAGUCCGUGGUCAUGAUGAAAUUCAUUCAGGAUUUCCCACAAACCCUCAAGAAUCUUUAA